CGCCGGUUUGUGUUGACUUUGCCAUACAUACUCUCGUAGUCUCUCGUGCCUCUCGGACGUCGAUCUCUCAGUAGCUGCUGAAUCUUUAGCUCCAAUUACGUCGAACAAGCAACUCUACACAUCAAGAUGCCCAAUCCACUGUGGUUUAUUUUCUGGCUGCUGGUCUUCUGGUUCGUCUCCUUCUUCGUGGCCUUCUUCUGCGCCUUCUUCUACAUCUGGGUCUAUGCAUUUGCCUCCUGCAUACCCGCCCUGUCGGGCAUAGCGGAUAUGCUGCUCCAGGGCGUGCAAUUCCCGUUCUUCUGCGGCAAGGCCAUGCUGGAGGGGAAGCCCGCCUUCUAGGGACUCCUUACUUACAUAUAUUUAUAAAUAAAUCUUAUAACUAAGUGAAUAAUUUAUAACACUUGCUUUGGACAAUAUUUUACAAUUAAAUGUAAUUAAUUACUUUUUAUAAAACCGA